UGGCCCAAACAGGUACUCGGGAUGGUAUUGAGUUCUGUUCAAACGAUACAUUUCUAUAAUUUAGCCCUGCACAUCUUGUCUCCAGUGUCAUCCAGCCUGUUGAGAGCUCGAGUCCUCACAGUAUAUUAAUAAUUUUAUAAACAAGCAGUAAAUAUUGUUUUAAACAGUUAAAAGUUUAGUCCUGAACUUUCUGAGAAGUCAGAAACCUUAACCAGUAUGCAAUACUUUGAAUAUCACUGCUAGUCACAGGGAGUUCCUUUUAUUGUUAUCGGAGCACACGUUUAUCGCUUGUUGAGGCACUAAAAUUGAGACAAAUGUUGAAGUUUUUCUCUGUAGUUAAGGAUUAAAUAACCCCCUUCAGAAAGUUCCUCCACAAAGCAAAAUAGUUCUCAGACACCUGCAGUGUAAAAGCUUUGGUUUGGUUUUACUAGUUGAUAAUCAUUGGCUGUUUUUUGACAUCCAGCAGGUGUACAGGCUAAGUCAAAUGUGAAUCUUUGUUCUGUUGCGUCCUGUUUGCGUCUCUACCGUGGAACUAUCUGUAACUUGCCUGUCCCACAUUACAAACUAAAAGUCAACAUAUCUGAUUGAUUUUUAAAUCAUACUUUAAAAAAUGAGAACAAAACAUAAAAUCAUGAAUGCUGGUAUCAUAUAAUGGUUCAUGUUACAGCAGUUUAUGAGACUGAAAUGCUGGUUGAAAAUUAUGUUAUGCUGGCUCAAGAAUAUUCAGCUUUACUGGAAAAUGAAUCCCAAUGCAGUACCCCUGUUCUGGGGUUUUCUUCCAGGAGCAUACUGUAUCCAGCCCGAAACCAUUAAAUGUGUGUUUCAGUUCCCCGUGACCAGCUCAUCGGAAGUGGCUGUAAUAUUUUAACAGAAAGUUACUAGGAAAUUUAAUACAGUUAAGAUGUAUUUAUUAUUUGUUUAUUUAGCAGACGCCUUUAUCCAAGGCGACUUACAGAGACUAGGGUGCGUGAACUAUGCAUCAGCUGCAGAGCCACUUACAAUUACGUCUCACCUGAAAGACGGAGCACAAGGAGGUUAAGUGACUUGCUCAGGGUCACACAAUGAGUCAGUGGCUGAGGUGGGAUUUGAACCAGGGACCUCCUGGUUGCAAGCCCUUUUCUUUAACCACUGGACCACAUAGCUUCCUAUACGUUAUUAACAGUUAUUAACAGCUUUUCCAUAACCUAAAACAUUUUUAUUUAAGUUGUAUUUGUUUUUAUUAGAAGGUAUUAAUAUACGUGAAAAGUCAAUACAUGUGCUCAGGCUGUAAACCCCCUCCUCCUAGCAUUAAAGAUGGCAAGAAUUAUCUACGGUUUUGGUUGUAAGUAAGAUUUUUUCUAUCUACUCUACUUUCUUUACUCUUGUUAAAAUGAUUCAAAACUACAUAUUUAUAUACACCACUGUAAAACCAUUCUGAUGAGGUUCAGUAGGUCAAACUGGGGGACAAUCCUUCCUAAGGACAGAGAAGUGCAGUUGUCAUGAUGAUGGUGACGGGAUCACGGUGGAGCCCUGUAUGUUUGCGUUAGCUGCAUCGUCGUCGUCUAUAUUGCCGGGCACCCAAUGCCCUACUUAUCCCCAGCUGAUGCUGCGCAAGGAGGAGGGGAGUAUCCCAGCAUGCCCCUGUGCAGCGCAGCCGGAGAUGGAUACUGCUGCCUGCUGCUAACACAUGCUGCCAUUUCCAGCCUGCCUUAUCUUCCUCCCUAGCGGAUCCGUGAUCGAGCCGCCCAGCAGCGGGACAAGCCCAACACUGAGCCCUGCCCUAUACCCAGUUCCGAGAUAACCAUCACCGCCUGCCGCUGCCAGCCGGGAAGAGGGGGUCCACCCUUGCCGUGGAGGGGAGCAUGGACCCCCUGGCCAAACCCUGCCCGGUUCAGGGAGAGCUAAGCCCACAAAACCAGGUCUCUAAUCUGUUAGCUCCCCUCGAAGCUGUCGGAGGAGAGGGAGACGAGCGCCGUUGCAGUAGGAACGAGGCGAGGGGAGGCGAGCCCCAACUCGGCCCCAGGGACAUGGAAGAGUCGCUGGAAGAGAAGCUCAAGGGGCUGGCAUUCAGAAAGCAGACUUCGUACAGAAAAGCCAUUUCCCGUUCUGGCCUCCAGCAUCUUGCCCCGUUCCAGAUGCCCUUCCCUUUGCUGUCAAACGGGCCUGCCAAGGAACUUCGGACCACUGUAGACUGGAGCGAGAAUGCUUUAAACGGAGAUCACCUCUGGCUGGAGACAAAUUGCUCUGGAGAUCUGUGCUACUUGGGGGAGGAGACUUGUGUUGUCAGGAUUGCAAAGUCAGCCCCCCGGAGGAAGUGCGCAGCAUGCAAGAUCGUGGUGCACACGGCCUGCAUGGAGCAACUGGAGAAGAUCAAUUUCCGAUGCAAACCAACUUUUCGAGAGGGAGGCUCAAGGUCUCUGAGGGAUCAGAAUAUUGUUCGGCACCACUGGGUUCAUCGACGUCGCCAGGAAGGAAAGUGCAGGCAGUGUGGGAAGAGUUUUCAGCAGAAAUUCUCCUUCCACAGUAAAGAGAUCGUUGCCAUCAGCUGCUCGUGGUGCAAGCAGGCGUUCCACAAUAAGGUGACCUGCUUCAUGCUGCACCAGAUCGAGGAACCCUGCUCCCUGGGGGGUCAUGCUGGGGUCAUUGUGCCCCCAUCCUGGGUCAUCAAAGUGAAGAAGCCUCAGAACUCUUUUAAAAACUCAAGCAGAAGAAAAAAAAGGACAUCGUUCAAACGAAGGACCAGCAAAAAGGGAACAGAUGAAACCAAGUGGCGACCGUUCCUGAUCAAGCCCCUCCCGUCCCCGCUGAUGAAGCCAGUCCUUGUCUUUGUGAAUCCAAAGAGUGGGGGAAACCAGGGCACAAAGGUUUUCCAGAUGUUCAUGUGGUUCCUGAACCCCCGGCAAGUCUUUGAUCUUUCACAAGGCAGUCCGAGGGAGGCGCUGGAGCUCUACAGGAAAGUGCCAAACUUGCGGAUCUUGGCGUGUGGAGGCGAUGGAACGGUGGGGUGGAUUCUGUCUGCUCUGGAUGAAUUACAGUUAAACCCGCCACCGCCUGUGGCAGUGCUACCUCUUGGAACUGGGAAUGACCUGGCACGCACUCUCAACUGGGGAGGGGGCUACACUGACGAGUCUGUUUCCAAGAUCCUGUGUCACGUGGAGGACGGGAACAUCGUGCAGCUGGACCGCUGGAACCUGGAGGUGACGAGGGAUCAAGAUGACCAGGAGGAGGGGGCACAGAAGCUUCCUCUGAGUGUCUUUAAUAACUACUUUAGCCUGGGGUUCGAUGCCCAUGUUACCCUUGAAUUCCAUGAAUCCAGAGAAGCUAAUCCAGAAAAGUUCAACAGUCGUUUUCGGAACAAAAUGUUUUAUGCAGGGGCAGCUUUUUCUGACUUUUUGCAGCGGAGUUCCAGAGAUUUAGCAAAACACGUCAGAGUUGUGUGUGACGGCACCGACCUUACCCCCAAGAUCCAGGAGUUAAAAUUCCAGUGCAUCGUCUUUUUAAACAUUCCCAGGUACUGUGCUGGCACCAUGCCCUGGGGCAACACUGGUGAUCAUCGCGAUUUUGAGCCACAGCGCCAUGACGACGGCUGUAUAGAGGUCAUCGGGUUCACCAUGGCCUCUCUGGCAGCGCUCCAGGUCGGAGGUCACGGCGAGCGACUGCACCAGUGCAGGGAGGUGACCCUGACCACUUUCAAGACCGUCCCAGUGCAGGUAGACGGGGAGCCGUGCAGACUGGCCCCCUCCACUCUGCGCAUCUCUCUCAGGAACCAGGCCAACAUGGUGCAGAAGAGCAAGAGGCGUACCUCCGUACCCCUGCUCAACGAUAUUCAGAAAGUCUGCACGGCCGACCUGCGCCGUGUUUCCGCUCCCCCAGACUCCUUUACUGUCCCUCACUCUGUUCCAGACCGGUUGCGGGUUCGAGUGAACAGAAUAAGCUUGCAGGAUUACAAGGCACUUCAGUUUGACAAGGAGAGACUGCGAGAAGUCUCCAUUCCAGUUGGGAUCAUUGUUGUUCGUGGAGAUUGUGAUCUGGAGACCUGUCGGCUAUACAUUGACCGGCUGCAGGAGGAUAUUCACCCAGCUUUUUCCAUCACUCACAGAAUACAUUACCAGGAUGAGAACGAAUUCCAGUACAGACCACGCUCCCAGAGACUCUCUCCCAGCUGGUGCUUUCUAGACUCGACUUCUGGUGAUCUUUUCUAUCGCAUUGACAGAGCUCAGGAGCACCUCCACUUUGUGACAGAGAUUUCUCAAGACGAAAUCUUCAUCCUAGAACCCGAGUCUCUGGGACAACAGCCGGGAGGCAGCACUCCGGGAAUGCCAGACCUGGUGGUGGAGCCCUGCUCAGGGAUGUCUGAGUUGUGGAACGGCUCGGUCCGAAAGCGCAUUGUGAGUGACAGUGGUGUGCUGCACUCUGCGACAAGACGGGAGAAUCAGGAAACGCAGUCAGAAGACUGGGACACCCAGGGGCUACGGACCCCUGUAACUCCAGAAGAGCAAGCUCUACUACAGGCUGCUGUCUGCGGAGACUUGCAAAAGUUCUCGGAGAUCUGCCAGCGAGGCAUCAGCUUGAUGGUGAGGAGUUCAAACGGCUGCUCUGCUCUACACCUUGCAGCCCAGCACGGGCACAGGGAGAUUGUCACCUUGAUUCUGGAGCACUGCUCCAUGGCACUGCUAGAUGUCGGAGACAGUGAAAUGGGGGAUACUGCGUUGCAUAAAGCUGCCUACCAUCGCCAGCACAGUGUCUGCAGGCUGCUCAUCGAUGCAGGGGCCUCCUUGAUAAAGCCUAAUUUCCAGGGGAAGACUCCCAAGGACAAGGCUCAGGCUGCUGGGGACUCAGAUUUGGCCUCCUACCUGGAGAGCAGGCAGCAGUACCGGAUAAUCACCCACGAGGACCUGGAGACUGCGGUGUGAGUCACUGGAACCCGAUGGAGAGAGUUGAUGCUCUGCCUCUACACGCAGCUUUGCCCCCCCCCCAGUAGUGGGGUGCGGAGGCCGAGAGGAACUGUGGGGAAUUUGUCAGACUUUACCAGGAGGCUGCAGUCUGUUAUUUAUUUUGUAUAUUUUUUGAGAGGUGUCGGGGGUUUGGGCAGCUGGCUCAUAAUCUUGUAUCCAGCAACAGAGAAUUGCCUCGCUAUAUCAUCCAGCUCCCUGGACCUACCUUUCUCUAUGACAUGUGAACACGCUACACAAUAUGUAACACUUCAUCCUGGAGAAAUGGUAUUGGAGAAUGUGGUGUGGAUUUUACAGGACUGUCUGUCCUGUGCCUUCAGGAUCCUCUAUUGUCAUUUAACAGAGACAACACAAAAAAGCUCUAUCAUGAGGCUCUGAAGAUCAGGAGCUCUUUGUUGUGCUCAGUGGGUUUUACUGUCGAAAUGUUUUCAGGGGAGAUUCACUUUCUCCUUGUUGAUAGGUCUGGAAGCAACAUUCACAUUUGAGUCGAAGCUAUAGUGUAAUUUCCUAAUGGUCGAGCAGCAUGAGGCAAUUUUCCUGUUUUGUAUUUUUUUUUUUUUUUUUUUACUUUGAUAGUGUUGCUUGAAGGUUUUUGUAAAUGGUGAAAAUGGCCACCAUAUCAGCUAGCUGUUAAACCUUUUUAAACUGGCCUGUCUCACUGCUGGGGGCGACACUUAUUAUUAUUAUUAUUAUUAUUAUUUAUUUCUUAGCAGACGCCCUUAUCCAGGGCGACUUACAAUUGUUACAAGAUAUCACAUUAUUUUUACAUACAAUUACCCAUUUAACAGUUGGGUUUUUACUGGAGCAAUCUAGGUAAAGUACCUUGCUCAAGGGUACAGCAGCAGUGUCCCCACUGGGGAUUGAACCCACAACCCUCUGGUCAAGAGUCCAGAGCCCUAACCACUACUCCACACUGCUGCCCACAGUGUUUCUGGUAGACACUGGUGUAAAAAACACUCAAAGUACAAAUCCCUGUCCCUCUUACAGUAGUCCUGCUUCACACCACAUUAUAACUUCCUAUUAUUUCUCACCCAGUUUAUUAUAACUUAACUGUCACUGACUUCCAGUACUUUUGCAGUCUCAGCUCACUUUGGUAUCUCCAGUAGCUCUUAAAAUGCCCACCCCCUCUAUCCCCACUCCCUCCCGCUCCCAGCCCACUCAGAGCGUGGCAGCCUUCCUGAUUGGAUCAUGCUUCUCCUGAGUCAGAGCGCAAAGCAGGAACUUCUAAGCUUUGAAUUUGUUGUUGAAGCUGACACCAUGGGAUCCUUCAAGAAGCUGCUUGAUGAGAUUCUGGGAUCAAUAAGCUACUAACAACCAAACAAGCAAGAUGGGCUGAAUGGCCUCCUCUCGUUUGUAAACUUUCUUAUGUUCUUAAUUUGACGCCUGUAGCAGACUGACAUUCCAGGAGCAUAGCCUUUUUUUGGAGAAUGUAUUUAUUAUAUUUUAAAUGUUCUAAAGUACUUAUUUAAUGAUUUAUUUGCUUACACUGGAUUGCCUACGUGAGAUGCAUAAUCAGAUUCUCCAGUGUGGGAAUCGCGAGUUCAGCUUUUCAGAAAAGGUUUUUGCUGUUUUAACCAGACAAGCCGUUUUAUUCUCAGUUAGAAUAAAACUGAUGUGCAUAGCGCCACCUAGUGCAUAGUCAGAGAAAUUGUGCUGUGGUGUGGCUGUCUGUGAGCUACUCCAGGUCUGCCAGAUAAUGAUGUGUGUGCAGAGCACCUCCCUGUGGGUGCAACGAGGAAAUACAGUAAGAUAAAAAAAAAAAAAACACCAAAAAUAUAUUGACUUCUUCCACCAUGCCUUGAGAUGGGCGGAAACUAUGGAAAAAAAUCUCACACAUAUUGUAUUUGUUUCUCAAAUGGUUCAAUUUGUGUUGUUAUUGUUUAUGUUUAUUUAUCUCUCUUUACAAAAAAAAAUCUGAGCCAUAUUCAGUGCAAUAUGAAUGGAUGACAUUUGUGCAUUAUUUACAUUACAUUAAUGUUAUGAAACAUGGGUGGUUGUUAAUGGCACUGCAGGGCUUUGUGGUGGAUGGUGUUUUACAGUGGCGUGGUUGGAAGUGUCUUGUUUUUGGUCAGUCACUAGGUGGAGGGGCUUUUAUUGUUUACCCCUCACAAGAUAGACACCUAUUUUGGGGGCCUCCUAGUUUGUGGCAAAUCUUGGAUUACACAUAUUAUGUAAUAACUUCUGCCACUUGUUUUUUCAGUACUGAAGACACUUUAAGGAGGCAGGUGCAAAUCUUUUUAAAAUACAUUGUCCCCUAGAAUCUGUUUCUAUUUUCUCAUAAUUAGGGCUGUCAAUUAAUCGCAGUUAACUUGUGUGCUUAUCGCGUUAAUUAUUUGGGAGAUUAAUUUUUUAACGCAUGUUAAUCGCACUCCUGUCUUGUCCCUUUUAGCAUACCGUAAUUCAUAUCCUGCAGCACCAUUUUAAUACACUCGAGUGCCUGUCAGGAUUGAAUAUAAAAUUAGUCACAGAACUGCAUUAUGUACAAAGCACUCAAACUGAAUGAUUUGUUAAUAGGAAUUUUUUUUUUUUUUUACUUUGACGGUACUUUGGAUAGAAAGCGGGUUACUUGCAUCUACUGUCAAAGUGAGUUCCAGUAUCACAGAAGUGCAUCUAGUCUGCUGUUCCACAUGCAUGUUAAACAUGCUUUCACUUCUCAAAAUACACUUUCUAGUAGUUUUUCAGACAAUAACAAUUGAAACCUGUCAGUUUUGACAGCGUACUCUAAAAUAUAUAAAACUAUAAAGAGAAUCCAGAAAUAGGAAAACAGGGUUUUUAUGCUGGUUUGUUUAUUGGAUGAUGAUGAUGAUAGCAUCAUUAAUAAAAAGAAACUUAAAUGAGUUGAUGCAGUAAUUAUAUCAAUUAAAUAUGUGAUUUAAAACCAAGAUUAACUGAGAACUUUUUUUAAUCUGAAGAUUAAUCGCAAUUUUUUUUUUUUUUUUUUUAAUUGCUUGACAGCCCUAAUUGUAAUAUUUCAUACAGUUUGCAAUUGUCUACUCUACAAAGAUACAAUUUAUAAUUAGAGCUUCUGUUUUUCAGGUUUUAUUAAUUGUAUUUUUCGGUGCUUAUUUUUAGCUAUUUUCAAGUUUUAUGUAAAUCUUUUUUUUGGGGGGCUUUUGUUUUUGAUAUACUGUAUGAAAUUGGUGUUUUCGAUUUACUUUCCAAAAUGCUUGAGUGUUUUUUUUCUGUCAAAAUAUGUAUAGUGGUAACUUGACAGUACUUGCACACUUAAGUUGUACCUUCUUUCCUUUGCUGUCUUCCACAAUGAAAUCCUUAUGGUCACGGGCACAUUCUUCUGAGGUUUUUGUGUGUAGGCAUUUUUGUACAUUUUGCCACAAUUCUGUUUUAAAUCCUCUGUAUCUUAACUGUAAUACAUCUUGCAACAAGCCUCCAUCCUGAUUGUAAUCUCAUUUUAAAACUCGCAAGCGGAGUCUCCAAUAGAAAUGUCAUUCAGUAGUUGGGGCGAAUUUAAAUGUUGAGAACGACUCAAUGUAGAUACAAGUUAGGAAGGCGGGACAUUGCUCAGCAGCACUGGGAAAUGUAUUUAUUAUUAAUUUUGUAAUAGGUUUUAUUUUUUAAUGGGAAUAGGGUAAAGUCAACGUGAAUUGAUUUUUUCCGGUGUUUAUUGGCUAUCCACCGAUUUCAUUUUUUUUUUAUAUUGGGGGUGUUUUAUCGGGUUUUAACGGUUAAAAUCAAAAAUCAGAAGCCCCAUUUAUAAUCUACUUCUAAGUAUACCUUUUUAAAAGUUUACCACAGUAAAAGCAUAACAAAGUAUAAUAAAGCAUUAUGAAAACAUGGUAAAUCAUGGAUAAGCAUUGUAAAGCACAGAGUUAUAGUAAAGCAUAUUAAAAAAAUAAAUAAAAAAAAGACAUGGCAAAGCAUAGUAAACUAUUGCUAAUGCAUAGUAUAACCAUGGGGAAAAGCAUGAGAAAUGACCAUGCACAUUUACUGUGGUAAACUUUUAUAUAGAAAAAACAUGGGCUUACCUUUAUGACUUGCAGAGACGUAGUGGCAUAUAGUGUUAACAAAUAGAGACUUGUGUCUAGUGUACAUUUGAAAUACGUUUGGGAAUUGUAAACUUUCUGAUAAAGUACAGUACACAAACAGACACCAAAUAAUAAUUCAGUGAGUAAAAUUGAACAGGAUUGUGAGACUUUAUGACAGUUAAUACAACAAAAUUCAAUUACAAUGUAAAGUUGUAUAAUAUAUUAUUUCAUAUAUAAUAAAACAGACAUUUAGUGUGGUCUACCUCUUGCCACAUGCCAGCCACAAGUUUGCAGUCAGUUUCCUGUGAGGACAUUUGCAUGAUUGGACAGUGAUUUGUAAAGCUAUUUUAUUUCUUUCUUCUUUUAAAUGCAUGAACCUAUCUUCGGACAGGCUGUCAGAAGGAUUACAUUUAUCCUCCUCUUGUGUUUCUAUUUAUUGUUUUAACUGAGUGUUUUUUCUUUUGGUAUUUUUUUUAACUAUGGAUUUACUUGAAUGUUUCAAUAUUUUCAGAAAUGCAAGUGUGUUAUUUCCUGUCCCUGCUCAACUUUCCCCUCUCCUGCAUUUGGGAUAUCCCACUCUCCACAAUGGGGAAUUUACUGCCGUUUGUGGGGACAGGUUGUUAAAUGGUGUAUGUGGAGUUCAUACCACUGGGUGGUGCUGUCUGAUGUGGAGAACCGCACUGGUGUAUCAUUAAAAAAUGUACUUUGUGA